GGGCAGCGGCCGCGGGGCCCGGCGGGAGAGGGGCAGCGCCGGGGCAGGAGGAGCUCGAGCGCCGCCGCCAUGUUCUCUUUUAAUAUGUUUGACCAUCCAAUCCCACGGGUUUUCCAGAACCGAUUCUCAACUCAAUACCGUUGCUUCUCAGUAUCCAUGCUUGCUGGACCUAAUGACAGGUCAGAUGUGGAGAAAGGCGGGAAGAUAAUUAUGCCACCAUCUGCUUUGGAUCAACUCAGCCGACUUAAUAUUACUUACCCAAUGUUGUUCAAGCUGACCAAUAAAAAUUCAGACCGAAUGACACACUGUGGAGUGCUUGAAUUUGUGGCUGAUGAGGGCAUAUGUUACCUUCCACACUGGAUGAUGCAGAAUCUGCUGCUGGAAGAAGGAGGCCUGGUACAGGUGGAGAGUGUUAAUCUCCAAGUUGCCACUUACUCAAAAUUUCAGCCACAGAGUCCAGAUUUUCUUGAUAUCACCAAUCCCAAAGCUGUAUUAGAAAAUGCAUUGAGAAACUUUGCUUGUCUAACUACUGGGGAUGUUAUUGCCAUCAACUACAAUGAAAAGAUAUAUGAGCUUCGGGUAAUGGAGACCAAACCAGAUAAGGCUGUGUCCAUCAUAGAAUGUGAUAUGAAUGUAGAUUUUGAUGCUCCUUUGGGGUACAAAGAACCAGAAAGAAGUGCACAACAUGAAGAGACCACAGAUGCUGAAGCAGACCACAGUGGAUAUGUGAGUGACCUAGGAUUUCGUGCAUUCUCUGGUUCUGGGAACAGAUUGGAUGGUAAGAAGAAAGGUGUUGAGCCUAGUCCGUCACCAAUUAAACCAGGAGACAUUCGAAGAGGAAUACCAAACUAUGACUUCAAGAUUGGUAGAAUUACAUUCAUUAGAAACUCACGUCCGCUAGUUAAGAAAGUUGAAGAGGAUGAAUCUGGAAGCCGGUUUAUUGCCUUUUCAGGAGAAGGCCAAUCCCUGCGCAAAAAGGGAAGAAAACCAUAAGUUGUGGAACCUUCAGUUCAGUUAGGAAGAAAAUAAAUUAACAGUUGCAGUAUAUUGGAUCUUAGUUAUUGCAGUUGAGAGGAGAGACCAUUUUGUAACACAGGAGCACUUUUACUGAUUUUGGUUUCAUGUUUAAAAAUGGAGCUUAAGACUGUCUUAGUUUUCAGUUGAAAAUUAACUUCUAGGAAUUUUGAAGCAGUGGGGUUUUUGUAUGUGUCGGAAAGAGGGAAAGUUUAUCUCAGGUAAACCUGGGAAGCAAAACCAAUGAGUUUUACCUUACUAAAAGGUCCAGUUCUUAGACUACAUUCUACCCUCUUUUAUAUCCUGAGUGAUGAUGGUCUCCCAUUGCUUUGUGCUUGAUUUCCUUCUCUCUAUAUAUAUUCUGCCACAAUUUCCGAUCAGCUUUUUGGUGUGGUGUGAAUGAAGGCUAACACUUAAGUGUUGGAAGACCUUGUGCAGGGAGCCUCUUUGAUCUUAGCUUGAGGGGCUGGGUUACAAAUCAUUCUGAGGCACCUCAGGCUCUGACACCCCUCCCCAUCGCUUUUUAUAUUUAGAAUUAAUAACACGCCUUUUUAAUAGUUCAGAUAGAGUAAGGUAUCCUACACUCUAGGGCAUGCGACCCCCACCUUCUGCGGCGCCUGCGAUGGCGUGCGGCCGCCUCGUGGGCCGUUCCUGGGCGCACCGCGAGGCAGAGGCGCUAACGUGCGCCGCCCGGGAAGGAGGGGACCUGCGCUGUUCACCGUGGGGGCUGCGGGCACCUUGUUAACCGAGCGCGUCGCGUAAAGCGCGCAGUAAAGGUCCUGAUAACA